AUGUCAAACAUAAGUCGACUGCAUAAGGAUGGAGCAGUUCUGAUUCUGGAGUCACUGGCAGCUGGGACAUUCAUCUACGUCACUUUCUUAGAGGUGCUAGCCCAUGAAAAGGAUAACGAACACAAUAGUUUGAAGCAGUUACUGGCCAUCUUUAUUGGAUUUGCCGUCAUCGCUGCUCUGCAGACUGCUUUCGGGGAACACGGCCACGAGGGAGUUCACACCCACACGCUUCCACCUGAAUUCAACACAACACAAGCAUUCGUGCCACACUGA